AUGAUCCCGACGCUGAUCCUGUUCAUCGUUUUCUUGCAGUAUCUGAUCAGUCAGAAGCAGUCAGACGUGGCGGAGAAGGAGAGGGAGGAGGUUCGCCUCCUGCAAGACGAGCGGAGGGCGCGGCGCGCGGCCAGCGAGAAAGCUUUGGAGGAGUAA